AUGGAAUUUAGUUGCCCCAUUUGUGUUUCCAUCUUUUCCUUUGUAUUUCAGUUCUUCUCUUUCGAUUCUGGUGAUGUAUUUGCCAUACCACCAACAUUUUCUAUUAGUCAAGAUGCUUUCUUGCAAUAUUUGUCAUUGGGGAAUAUCACCAUUGAUUUACCAGCUCUUUAUGUGUUUGGGGACUCUUUCAUUGAUCCUGGAAAUAAUAAUUAUUUGAAAACAGUUUUGAAGUCAAAUUACACUCCAUAUGGAAUAGAUUUUGAAGGAAAGCCUACUGGUCGUCCUACUAAUGGAAGAACCAUGGUCGACUUCAUUGCUCAAAUAGCCGGCUUGCCAUUCCCUCCUCCAGUGCUGGAAGUAUCGGAGGCCAGCAAGAAGAAUAGUCCGACUGGCGUUAAUUAUGGAUCUAAUUCCGGUGGCAUUCUCCCUAGUCCCCGUUUAGCUGAUCAGCUCUUUGGACAUGUCUUAAGCAUGGACGAACAAAUAGCUUUGUUCGAGAAUACAACAAAAGACUUGAAGGAUCAAUUUGACAACGCAGAAAGCUUUGCUCAAUACAUGUCAAAAUCACUAUUGUUUUUCCACAUUGGAAGCAAUGACCUAGGCAUAUUUUGGGAAUUCGAAAGACACUCCAACUAUACUGUUGAGAAAUAUUCUCAAUUUCUCAUCAAUGAAUUAUCGAAGCAAUUGCAGAAAUUGUAUGAACUUGGUGCACGCAAGUUUUUUGUCACUAAUGUGUCACCAUUGGGUUGUCAACCAACUUCCAUAGCGAUAGAAAAGCCUAAGACACCAUGUUCCGAGGAAAAGAACAUGAGGGUAUUGAACUACAACGAGCACCUUUCUCAUUUGUUAUCACAUUUACAAUCCACCCUUCCUGGAUCAAAGUUUGUUUUGGGAGAUCUUUAUAAGGUUUUCGAAGAUGUCUUUGCAUCACCUGCUUCGUAUGGGUUUACAGACAUCAAGAAUUCUUGUUGCAUUGAUCUAUUUAGAAACCAAACUAGACCGUGUGCUCCAAACUCAGAACCUUGCAAGGAAAGAAAUAAAUAUGUAUACUAUGAUCCAUUUCAUCCCACUGAAAGUAUGAAUUUUCUAAUUGCAAGGCGUUUUUUGAAGGAUUCCUCAGUUUCUUCUCCGAUCAAUUUGCUUCAGCUGAUGCAAGCCUAAUUUAAAGUCAACACUCCCACCGAAUGGUUAUCUUGAUAAAAGCCAUUGGCACGGAGACAAGUGGC